UGACGCAUCUCUCUCUCUGGAGUAGCCCGCGCUACUCUCGGAUUGCCAGUGGAAACGCAUUAGUGGCUCUCUCCCUUGAUUAUAAGAAGCGGAGCGAGAGGGAGUGAGUAAGUGAAGUGAAGUGAAGCGAAGCGAAGAGAAGGGAAGAGAAGAGAAGAGGGUAGGGGAGUCGGAGCCGGAGCGCACUAUGGCCUCUAAAGAGGCCACCGCUGCAGGUUUCAUCAACGUCAGCAGGGAAAUUACAGAGAGCAUCAGGAGGCUCAUUGAUAAACAAUCCAUCAAGUUUGUGCGAGCUGUGAAGCAGGACACCAAGAACGGCAAAUCAGAGGACCGGAUACUGGUUCUGGCAACAUGGCGACUCUUUCUAUUUGCUGUCAAAGUCCCCUCCAAGGUGGAGGUUACUUUCAACUUCCUGGAGAUUCGGGCAAUGAACACUUAUCCAGAUCAUCAGGUUGUAAUAGACACAGACAAGUCAACCCACUCAUUGAGACUGCAAUCACAAGACCACCUUGAUCAUAUGAUGAACCAUGUCAACUAUGCCCUCUCAAGAAUAUUCAACAACUCUAUGUAUGCUCCGGCCAUCUGUCGAGCAGAGGGGGACGUCUCUGAUGGAGUACAAAAGUUUUCACCAAACUCUGAAUCAUCUGUAGAGACGCAGAAAACCUGUGGUGGUUUCUCUGAGACCUACGCAGCUUUGUGUGACUAUAAUGGCAUCGGCUGUAAGGAGGAAGUGCAGUGGGAUGUGGACACUAUCUAUCACUCUCAAGACAACAGGGAGUUCAACCUGUUGGACUUCAGCCACCUGGACAGCAGGGACCUGGCGGUGAUGGUUGCUUCCAUGGCGUACAACACUUGGUUCACCAAACUCUACUGCAAAGACAUGCGCAUUGGAUCAGAGGUGCUGGAGCAGGUCCUUCACACCGUCAGUAAGUCCAGCAGUCUGGAAGAACUCACUCUGGAGAAUGCUGGCCUCAAAUCAGAUUUUCCUCAGAAAAUGGCGACAGCUCUGUCUGAAAACCCUGCCUCUGUGAUCCACUCGCUCAACCUGGCCCACAACCCCCUGGACACCCAAGGAGUGUCAAACCUCAUCCAACUGGUGUGUCGCCUCAACAAAGGCCUUCGUCUGCUCAACCUCUCCAAGACGUCCCUCUCCUCUAAGGGUGUGGUGUCUCUCUCCCAGGCCCUCUGCUCAAGUGAUGACUACACCAACUCUCUGCUUCACCUGGACCUGAGUAAGAACCCUGGGAUUCUGUCUGGGGAGGAUGCUACGAACAUGUACCUGUUUCUAGCCCAGACUAAUUGCCUGGUUUAUCUGGACCUCUCUGGGACCGACUGCACUGUGGACUUGUUAUUUGGUGAUCUGCUGAGGGGAUGUUGUGCUGAUCUCUCUUACCUGAAUCUCUCCAAGAACUGCUUCUCUCACAGGAAAGUGAGGGAGACUCUUCCUGUCUUCAGGCAGUUCUUCAGCUCAGCCUUCAGUCUCGCACACGUCAACCUGUCUUCUAUGAAGCUUCCUCUGGACACCCUGAGAGCUCUCUUCCUGGGCCUGUCUUCCAAUCCUCACAUCACUGAUUUACACUUGGACAUCAGCGGCUGUGAGCUGAGGUCUGCAGGUGCCGGGGUGCUCCAGGAGCUGUUUCCUAGAGUGGCCUGCAUCGGAACUCUGGACAUAUCAGACAACGGGUUGGAUGGCGACCUGCUGGGUGUCAUCCCAGCCUUCUCCAGACACCCCUCCCUCAAACACCUGCUGCUGGGCAAGAACUUCAACAUCAAGGGCAGGGUACUACAUGAAAUUCUGCAGAAACUAGUUCAGCUAGUGCAAGAUGAAGAGUGUGCCCUGCAGUCCCUUUCUCUGGCUGACUCGCGCCUGCGCUCUCGGGGCACAGUGAUGGUGAAUGCUCUGGGAAGCAAUGCUUGCCUACGCAAGGUGGAUCUGAGUGGGAACAGCCUGGAGGAUGCGGGGGCUAAGAUGCUCAGCAAAGCCCUGCAAAUCAACACUACACUCAGGAGUGUGACGUGGGAUCGUAAUAACACCACGGCUACAGGAUUCCAAGAUGUGGCUCGGUGCCUGGAACAUAACUUCACCCUGCAGUACAUGCCUAUCCCCCUCAGUGAUGUCACACAGGCAUACCGAAGCGCACCUGAGAAGAUUGACCAAGCACUGACCAAGAUCCAGCAUGCUCUGCUGAGGAACAACCAGACCCAGAGGUUCUCUCAGAAACAGGCUCUGCGUCUACACCAGGGCCUGGUCACCAGCACUGCUGAACAGGUGAUGGAGCGGCUGUGUGUACGCGUACACCAGCAGGUGUGUGUUCUCCGAGGCUCAGAAGAAGGAAAGGAGCUGCAGACUGCCAGACAGGUCCUGAAGGAGGCCAGAAACUCUCGUGCGCUAUACCCGUCUCUGUGUGAGCUGGUUCAUGUUCUCUCAGUGGAUGGGCCUGUCAGACAGAAACUGGACUUUCUGGCAGGAGAGCUGACCAAGGCUGCUGAUAAGGAACUACAGGUGAUAGUGGACUCCAUGGUGUCUCUGUGUCGGGAGCUGUGUCCCAUGUCCUCCUCUGCAGCAGAGAGACUCAACCCUCCGCUCUCCUCCAUCUCAGAACGCGUCUCUAUCCCUCGCUCCACCAUCCGCACCGCCCUGAUGGAGAGAGCAGCACAGGAUAUCAACAGAGCCCUGGAGGAGGUGAAGCUGUCUGUGGUCUCCUAUCUGACCAACUCCAUAGUGGAUCAGAUCCUUCAGGAGCUCUACACCACUCACAAAGCCCUGCUUCGUCAGGUGUCCCAGGUGAAGCGUUGGGAUGAUGGAGGAACAGGCAGACACACCAUCAGAAUCACAGACUCUCUGGACUUCCCUGAUGAGGAAGGCCUGGGCAUGAACAUCGACACCAUUGCCAUCAAGAAGCGCAGCGCCAGAACCCGAAGGAUUCGGCCCGUGUCCACCAGACUGAGUCUGGGAGAUGACCCCACCUCCUCUCCUCCUCCCUCGGCCCUGUCUCAUUCUGCCCCCCUGUCCCGCUCAGCAUCAUGGGAGUGUCUAUCCACAUUGCCUACCCAUGGUGCACCACUGCACCACGUGACGCACGCCAGGCCGCGGCCCCCUCGAAGGCACAGCCGAGGACAAGUCCCUCUGGACACACAUUGUUCAGAGAACGGAGGAGUCAACCUGCUGGAGGAUGGACUGCCUGAUUUCUACACCAAGAGAGUCCUGACUGACAGUCAGCUGUCAUCACUUCAUCAAGCUCAGUCCCUGAGGAGGAAGAAGAGACGCAGUGUGCUGUCAAUCUUCUCUGGGUUCCGCAAGAAUCGCAAUUCCACCAUCUCCAAUCAGGAAACGGAUGGCUCAGAGAAUGUGUACUCUAUGAUUCAGCACCCUAAGGAUCCUGGGAAGGUGGAGGCCAUGAUUGAGGUGGGGGCCAAUGUGAGGAUGAUGCCGUCCCCCAGGCCCAUCCAGGGCGUACCACUGCCUGGGAUGAGGGGGGCCAGCCCCAGCCCAUACUGUCUCACACAGAGACAGCCUUCCGACCUGGUCAGCAUGGUGUACAGUUGUAUCGGAGCAGAAGACGAGGACUCAGACAGUAGCUUUGAGACCAGACCAGUGGACAGAGACACUGACAGAUCGACUACAUCAGACAUCCAGACAGAGACCCAUGCCAAUGGACAUGCAAUGUCCUCCGCUUCUCUGACAGACAGUCAGCCUGACAGACAGACAGAUCCAGUCAGUCAGGACCUGCCAAUACCCAGCGCUCAGACAGACACACAGAAGGAGGUGGACAGAGGGACUAAGGGGACAGAGUCGUUGGACAGGCAGGAGCGAGCCCCCUGUGGACAGAAAUCAGAACCCCCUUCUCAGAGCAGCAAGCCCAGUCUGGCCAGCAUGAGACAGAGACACCUGCAGGGGAGCUCCGAGAAAUCAACAGAUGGUGUAGGAUGGAUAGAUGGAGAUGGAGUAGAAGAGGAGAAGAAUGAAAAGAAAGACAGAGGAGCAGAAGGACAGCGUCCUCCCAUUCCUGAAAAGCCUGGUAAAGAUAAGACUUCUCCAAAGACACCGUCUGCUGUCACUCCACCUGAGGAAACAGCCAAUGAGAGAACCCCGCCUCCUGUUCCAACUGCCUCUGCCAAGCCCACUUUUGAUUUGUCUGGUCCUUCUGUCACUCAAGAUGAAGGAACUAAUGAGAUGAAAAGCCUGCCUCCUGUGCCACCUGCGUCUACCAAGCCGGUGGUAGACGCAGGUCUACCACCUGCUGGUUGUCAAGAUGAGGGAGGAACAAAUGGUUUUCCACUGAAGGCACAUCGCAACAGGAAAGCAAACUCAGAUGACGCAGGCAUGGAACGGGACAGUCCCAACGAUCUGGAGAGGGGGUUCUCAGAUCGCGAAUCCCCUGUGAAAAAACCCAGACUCCCCCACAACAGAAAAAGAUCUCUGGACACUGGGUGUCCUGAAUGUCCAGAGCCCGGCACCGGUGAGACGUCAUGACAACAACCGUCAGGAGGCAAAGACAAUGUUCAGGACAACUGUCGGGAGAUGUGAAGAGAGCAUGAGACAGACAGAUAGAAAAGGGAAGUUAUGAACUUGGUCACCAUAGACCCAACUGUGGUUAUCCUCGUAUACAGUAGUAAUUUCUCUCAUAUUGGCUAAACAUGCAUGAUUUUUUCCCUUUCUCAUACUCAGUUGCACUUGCUUUCAUUCCUUUACAGAGGACACACACACACAUGUGUCUGAGGGCCCUCUAGUAUUCUCAUGCUGUUAUUUCUUGCACUUCUUGUUGUACAAAAAUCUUUCUCAUUCUCCCUCGUCUUUCUUUCAUUGACAAUUUGUGACACUGCUACUGUAAGAAUGAGUUGGUAUUUAUUCUAAACCAGUAUUAUGUCAAUAUUGAAUAUAAGUAAACAAACUGCACUAACCAUUGUUAUUACUAAGUCAUUACAUGGUAAGAGGUAACUUCAUGUUUUUAUUUAAAAUAAGGUUAUAAUGAAUAUGAUUGGAUGUUUUAUGGAUGUUUUUCCUAUGGUGUAUGAUAACUGAAGAUUGAGACGAUGACGUGUAUUGUUUAUCAUUAUUACAGUAAUCUAUUAGUUGAUCAAUGGAACAUAAUUGCAGUUUGUUUUAAUCAGUUUUAAAUACAUUUUACAGGACUGAAAUUAGUAUAUUUUCAAAAAAUCCAUAUAUGAUUAAACAAUCAAUUAAAAAGGAUUUUACCAAAGGAACCAAACUGAUGAUGCACUCUCUUGGGGACAAAAAACACCCUAACCUGACUUCUGCAUCAGGAACUCUUAUAUAUUUUUUUGGUGUGUGAGAUUUGGCCCACUAGGAAAAUUGCAUCCAUGGGCUUUGGAGCAGUGCUAUGUAGUGCCAGCAGAGGUGGCCAAAUACUUUGAGCUGAGUGAUGAAACCUUUACUUGGAUGGGAUAAGUCAGUCAGGCUGAGUUUAGACAAGUAGCCCAAUUCUGAUUUUUUUAUAAUAAUUUUUUUUACACUAAUUGGUCUUUUGACCAAUCACAUCAGAUAUUUUUCGAAAGACCAAUUAGUGUAAAAAAUAACAGAAUUGGGCUGCCUGUGUUAACGCAGCCCAACUGCCCUGCUAUACUACAGCCACUGGGCAUCCAGCGUUGCAGUCAGACAUAAGCCGUUGAGGGAAUGCUUCCUUUGAAAUCAAUGAAAGCUGCUAUGCUGCCCAUGUUGCACUCUUGUCCAAGCUCAAGAAUCGCAGAGGUUCAAUUUGACAGCUGAUACUUAUGUUAAUUCUAUCUUGUGAAUUGUAAAUAAUGACAAAUAAAGUUGAUUUUGGUUGCAAAUGG